UUGAGCACAUGAAAACAGUGUACAUUGAGUGAGACCUCGGGGAUGAUGGAGUGAUUUGAGGAUUAAGUGUUUUAUUCACAGGUUGUGAGUAAAAAGGGUCAACAUGACUUCAUCCUGUGCACUGCUGUGUCUGAGAUGUAGAAGUUUUCUUUGCUCUAAGACGGGGGCUACUACCUGGCAGUAUACCACUCAAGUUCGCCAUUGCACAACAGUUACAAGUGUGGCCACCAAAAUCCCAAAUGGAUUCUCAUUUUUCAGGGGGAAUCACAGAACAAAUCAGGCAAGACAGAGGUGGAAACAACAGAUGCUCUCUUACAGUGACUUAACAGCCAGACAUCUGGCAACUGAGGCAAAGGAAGACAAAUUCACAGAAGAAUUGUCAAGAACUGAUGUUGUAGCAUACAAGAGCCCCCUGCUGCCAAUCAGAGAUGCUGUGCCAUUGAAAGAAAGUCAGAUGCCAUUAGAUCUUGAUGCUGCUGCUGAAUUUUCUGCAUUAGAGGAGAUCAGUGAUGAAGAGGCUGUCAGUAUAUCUGUUCCUGUAGCCAUACCUCCAGCCUCCACCUCUCUUGGAGACUACGUUGACAAGUCUGAGACACUCAGCAAGCUGGUACAACUAGGAGUGAAUCUCUGGAAGCUUGAACAAAGGCCCAAUGUGGGCUCCAUGCUGCUGAAGCUCGACUUCAACAAAGACGUGGCCCCAAGGCUGCUGUUCCUCAAAGAGAUCGGGGUGGAGGACUCUCGCUUUGGCUAUAUCAUCACACACAACCCCUUCAUUCUCACUGAGAGUUUGGAAAACCUGCAGACCAGGGUGAACUAUCUCAAGUCAAAGAAGUUCAGCUCUGAGACUGUUGCAUCCAUGGUUUCCAGAGCUCCGUAUCUGCUAAACUUCAGUGUGAAGAGGCUGGACAACAGAUUGGGUUUUUAUCAGCAGCACCUCAACCUCAGUGCUUCUAAUACUCGGAACAUUGUAGCUCGUUUACCCAGAUUACUGUGCAGCAGUUUGGAGCCUGUUAAAGAAAAUCUGAAGGUAUGUGAAAUAGAGUUUGGCUUUAAGGAAAAUGAGAUCCAACACAUAGUUAUUGCCAUUCCAAAAGUGCUGACUGCCAACAAAAGGAAGUUAACCCAAAUAUUUGACUUCGUCCACAACACCAUGAAGUUGCCCCACCACCUGAUCACCAAGUUCCCACAGGUUCUGAAUACCAAGUACUUGCGUGUUAAAGAGCGCCACCUGUUCCUUGAGUACCUCGGAAAAGCUCAGUAUGACCCCGCCCUGCCCAACUACAUCUCCCUGGAUCGCCUGGUGUCCUUGCCAGAUGAGACUUUUUGCACAGAUCUGGCUUUGGCCACAUUGGAAGAUUUUUAUUUGUUCCAAAAGACACUUUGAUUCUUCCUUAGGAGACAUAAAAGUGGACUUCAGAGAAGUGGUUCAACAUGCAUAAUAAAUACCAUAAUGUCAGAUACAUGCAGACAUCAAUGUCUUUAAACAUACAGUAUGUUUGAAAUAAAAAGUUUGCUUUGUAAAUGUGAUGUUAAAUAAAUGUAC